GUAAAUCAAAGACAACAUUUCGGUUUUCAACCUAAUUGUGUCAAGCUGGAACUGAGAGAAAACGAAGUCUGUGUUUUAGAAACAUGUUUCGUUGUUUAAAAGAAGUUCUAUCGGGCACCAUCCUUAUUCUAUACAGCAUGAGAAAUACAACGUAUUUAACCUUAAUUUUCAGUCUAUGGCUAGCUUUAACUUUACCGCAAAUAGGAUUCACGUCAACCGUCCAUGUACGUUUGGUGGAUAACACGGUACCUAACGCUGGUCGAGUGGAAAUAGGCUACAAAGGUGUUUGGAAAUCUGUCUGUGGCACAAACUGGUAUAUCAGGGAGGCUAAUGUUGCGUGUAGAAUGAUGGGGUACAACCAAGGUGCUGCAGCAGCCAUCAAUGGAAUGACAAGUUCUGAUGAUGCUUGGCCGUCGAUUAUUUCCUGCAGAGGACAAGAGGACGCCAUAACUUUUGAAGAAUGUACCAUUAGAAACCGAAAAUUUAAACCUUGUGCGCAUGACAGGAGAGCUGGUGUUGUAUGUAAAUCAGUGCUCGACCCAAACAUAACUGUUCGUCUGGUGGAUGGAAGAACCAGAAAUCAAGGCCGAGUAGAGGUUCGAUACUUUGGAAUCUGGGGCACAGUCUGCGAUGAUGACUGGGACCUAGCAGAUGCUCACGUGGUCUGUCGUAUGCUGAACUACAGCAAAGCAUUAUGGGCAGGAACUGUGAAAGUAAAAGGUAGUGGACCAAUCUUACUGGACAAUCUAAUGUGCAAUGGAAAGGAAAGGUCUUUGGAAGAAUGUAGACAGAAGCCUUGGGGGAAACACGACUGUCACCAUGGUGAAGAUGCAAAUGUCACGUGUGAAGACAGAAAACAUCAAUCUUCCUUCGAUGUACAAGUUCGUCUUACCGGAGGCCAAAGUCACUUUGGUCAAGUAGAAGUGCGUUACAAUGGCACCUGGAUACCAGUCUGUGAUGAUACUUGGGACAUAUCAGACGCUCACGUGAUCUGCAGAAUGCUCGGUUUCAAUAGAGCGCUUGUAGCAAUUCCAAGGUUCAGUGUUGGGCAAAGAGGAUUCUGGUUGAGUGGUCUGGGAUGUAAUGGCGAUGAACAUUCGAUUAGUGAAUGUUAUCAUCAUGGCUGGAUGAAUAACAAAUACAGAAGGUUUUACAAUGCUGCAGUCAUAUGCAAAGUACACAACGAUCAGGGUGCAAAUUUAGCUGUUCGUUUGAUGAAUGGAAGUACUCCAAAUGAAGGCCGAGUAGAGGUUCGAUACUAUGGAGUCUGGGGAACAGUGUGUAGUUUUGGUGGAUGGGGACUACGCGAUGCUCACGUAGUCUGUCGCAUGUUGAACUACAGCAGAUCUUCUUGGGCUGGUGUCGCUAAGCUUAAAGGAAGUGGCCUCGUUUUACUGGACAAUUUAAAAUGUAACGGUAACGAGAAAUCACUGGAACACUGCCCUGAUAUCCGCUGGGGUCGCAAUUACUGCAGUCAUUAUAGAGAUGCAGGUGUGAAAUGUGAAAUGACGACACAAGAGGAAUCAUCCAUUAUUGUUCGCCUUGUGAAAAAGAAACAAAAAAAUGUUGGUGGAAUUGAAGUCAAGUAUAAUGGAACUUGGAGACCAGUCUGUGAUGACUCGUGGAGUAUAUUAGAAGCUAUCGUGGCGUGUCGAAUGCUCGGUUAUGAGACAGCUUUAGCUGGAAUAAAGAAGUAUAGUAUAGGAAAGGAUGGAUCGUGGAUGGGUGGUGUGGUAUGUAGCGGAGAUGAAUUAUCCAUCGGUAAAUGUUCUCAUCGUGGAUGGUCCAAUACCAAGUGCCAUGAAAAAUUCUAUGCCGGUGUUGUGUGCGUAAUAAAUAAAGAUCCUCCUCCAGUGCAAAUUCGUUUAGAAGACGGAAGUUUACCCAACUCUGGCCGUGUCGCUGUUCGCUAUGGUAACGUAUGGGGCACAAUAUGUAACAAGGGACUAGACAUCAAUGAUGCUAAAGUGAUUUGUCGUAUGCUCGGAUAUACCGGGGCAAGAAAGGUGUAUCCGGUUAAUAGUUUUGUUCUCUCAAGUGACAUUAUCUGGCUGAGUGACCUGGAGUGUAAUGGAACAGAGAACUCGAUCGUUGACUGUCGCCAUCCAGGAUGGGGACAAACGAAGACGUGUAAAGAAAACGAUGGAGGGGUUGUGUGCACAACAGCUGGAGCCCCACCAAUACAGAUUAGAGAUACCAAAGACAUUUCUUAUUCGAAUGUAGUGAUCUUU